CAGCCCACGUAAUCCCAUCACACUAAACGUGUCGCUUGGCGUUCCCCAUGGCGUGUAUAAACAAACCUCAUCAUCAUUUCUCAAGUCUCCUAUUUUACUUGAUGGACAAAUCCCAUAACCAAAACUCACGACUCCUCCUUCCUUUUCUCUGCUUCUCCUCCUUCUCCUUCCUCCUCUGCUUUUCUCUCCCGCCGGCCAUUUCCAUUUCUUCACAAUCCAAUUCUUCAUAAUCCAAUUUGACUAGUUAUCAAUUUUUUUGAUUGAGCUGCUCUGGUAUUGAUUUCGGCACCGACAGAGUUUCAAUCCUCAGCUGCGAUUGAAAAUUCUCUCUCUUUUUGAGUUUCGGCGAGGUGGGUCGAUCUCGGAUUUGAUCUGGAAUUUGUUUCGUUGGUGAUUGGAUUCGGUGGAACACAAACUCCUCAUCUAUUGGUUAAACUGAAAUGGUAUAUUUGCACAGCUCAAUCUCGGUCUGCAACUCCGUUGACCAAAACGCUCCCAUGUCCGAUUCCAUGACCCUAAUCGACUCGGGCACUAAAUCUAAACAGUCCAGUCAUGUACACAGGAGCAGGAAGAUGUCCAAUUCGUCUCCCAAUUGCUCCAAACUCCCCGUCUGCGAUCGAUCUCGAUCGGCAGUGAUUGAUGUAGUUCUGUUCAUUGCUGUGAUCGGCGCUUGCGGGUUUCUUUUGUUUCCUUAUGCGAAAGUCAUCUUGGUCAAGACAAUCGAAAUCGCGGGGAUUGUUAUGUAUGUGUUGAGGGAGGAGGUUUCUCAUGCUCCCUUGGUUUAUGGGUCGAUGGGGCUCAGCAUUUUGUGUGCCGCAUUGGCUGCGUGGGCGCUGUUGGCCUGCACCAGUAGGAAAUGUGGGAAUCCGAGUUGCAAAGGGUUGAGAAAAGCCGCCGAGUUUGACAUUCAGCUGGAGACAGAGGAGUGUGUGAAGAAUUCGGCUUCGGUAGGUAAGGAUGGAGUGAAGAAGGGGCUGUUUGAAUUGCCGAGGGAUCACCAUAGGGAGUUGGAGGCUGAGCUUAAGAAGAUGGCGCCGCCGAAUGGGAGAGCAGUUCUGGUGUUUCGAGCCAGGUGUGGGUGUUCUGUUGGGAGAUUGGAAGUUCCGGGGCCUCGGAGGGUAAAGAAGAUCAAGAAGUAGGAAUAAGUGGUUGGAUACGAGCCAUAGGGAGCUAAGUUAUGAACACAGGAGUACCCAUAAUUGCAGAGAAGAGUGUCUUGCUAUUGACAAUCUAUCUGCGCAAUGUUGUCUUUAAAUAAGCUAGCUCAUGGAAUAAAUUGUAAGGAUUAUAUACCCUUGGUUUAGAGUGGGGAAUAUAUCACAAUCCCUUAUUUUGAUUUCCUUUUCCUUUAUGAUUAUAUAAGUUUUUCUUUUGUUGAAUCUGGAUUGGUCAUUUGGUUCUCCACUGCUGCUGUUAUUCGCUUCCUUUUCUAUUUUAUAGGUUAUGAUUAUUCUAUGAAGAGAGUAUUUCUUGAAUGAUUUCUACAUAUU